CCUCCCUUGUCGCAAUUAUCUCCUCGAGAAUUUGGAUAAUGAGCGAUCCGAAAGCAUCUAGCAAUGUCUCUGGGAAGCGAUGCUUUGUGACCAUCGGCGCAACAGCUCCCUUCAAUAGUCUGGUCCGCGCCGUACUGGAGCCAGCAUUCAUCAAACCUCUUCGCGAUGCAGGAUAUACGCAACUACGAAUCCAGUAUGGCAAUCACGAGGGCGAAGCCAUAUUCCAGGAGCAGACCAGAGCUCUAGCGGAAGCCGAUCUCGAUAGAAGCAUCGAGAUUACAGGCUUCGGGUUCAACAGAGAAGGGCUGCGAGGGGAGAUGCUUGCAGUCAAGGGUCGAACCCAGCAGGAGGAGGGGAUGGUCAUCAGCCAUGCCGGUUCAGGAUCAGUGCUUGACGCCCUCCGCAUCGGUGUGCCCAUUGUGGUGGUCCCAAACACCGAUCUCUUACACAACCACCAAGUCGAGUUGGCCGAGGCUCUAGCCGAGCAGGAGUAUGUAAUUCAUGGCAAGCUGGACAAUCUCGCGGGUUCGAUAGCGAGCGUCGACGAUUUGCGGAAGAAGAUGAAGAAGUGGCCGCCAUUGCGGUCAGGAGAGGAGAAGUACAAACGGGGACUGGAGGACGUGAUUGCCGAAGAAAUGGGCUGGCAGAUCGAUUGAUUUUCGCACAGCCGGGUUGGGCGCUUCUUGGAUGAUGUCAAACUUGUGGUCUGGCUCAUGUCCUAUCUUGGAACCGGUUGGUCGUGAAGCGAAAAUGGGAUCAACAAAGGUCAGCGAUAUGGUUUUCAAUGAAUUGUUCAGGUCGACCGUGGCGUUGAGAUUUCCCUCAACCUAUUGGACGUGACAACGAAUUAUCAACCUCUGUUCCCUUGGCCUUUUGCUUCUGCCACAAGGAUGCCCGAAGCUAUUCAGUGACGGCUUCGCGGAUUUUGAGGAUCAGCUGGGUGAGCUAUGUCCUCUUUUCAACUGCACAUCCACCUAUUCAGUUCUUUCACCGGACCCGGGGUGACCACCGAUGCCCAUGCUCGUUGUUCCAGUCAGCCCCUGCGCUUCGGUCUGCUAAGAGGGAAGACCUCGGCUUCAGACCCUUUCACUUUGCAGACAGCAGUGCUCAAGAGUUACGACAUCAGCAGCGGAGACUGGAAUCCGGAUGGCCAUCCAUGGUAGAUCGCAUGCUGCGCCGUGCACCUCUCCCCAUUUGCUCCACUCGUCAAGUGCUCUACAGCCCUUGGACUCUUCAGGCUUCGGUUGUGGGUAAGAAGGCUCCGAGGAAGGCCAGUGUUCGGUGAUAGCGAUAUUUACAUGGUCCGUCGAUGGUCUUGGCUAGGAACUGCCACUUUCGUAUCUUCUUGGUUGGGUCUUC